AUGCCUAAAGAUACAACGAGAAUUAAUUCUAUCAAUUGGGCUGAUCCACGAACGAUAGAAAAUUUAAACAAACGUCAAACAAUUAUUCAAAGUAAAUUAAAGAAAAUCCAACAUCAACUAAUGAUACAUUUAAAACAAGAGUCAUUUAUUGCUCGGCCUUCGAUAAGUAAAUCGAUUGAUCUUUUAAAUCUUAUCGAUACGGCAAUCAGAGAAUUUGUACAUCAAGGUCAACAGCGAUUACGCACCAUGUAUGGAGAACAAAAGCUUAUAUUUGAAUUUGAUCACAAUGAUCUUCGACUCGUUAAAUCACUCUAUAAUUUAAAUCCAACCAAUGAACAACUCCUCCAUGUUCAAAAACUUUGGCGAAGUAAAGUAAAGGCUUGUAAACGAGUCAUCCAACAGUGCCAUGAUAAUUCAUCGCUUCAUAAUCAACCAAAUACUGAAGUCAAUACAGAUCUCACUACUUGCCUUAUACGAUCCAUCGUCGAAGCACGUCUCAUCAAUAUACAACAACGUAUCCAUCAAAUCAUCCAAUUCAAGAUGAACUCUUUCAAGAAAUAA